AUGUCCGCCCCGCCAUUAAAAGGAACUCGGGUCAUUGAGCUAGCUGGCCCGUUCGCCGGUCUCCUCUUAGCCGACUACGGUGCCUCCGUGCUUCGCAUAGACCGUCCGAAAGCUAUCAGCGGCGACCAAUUGACGCGAAACAAGAGCUCAAUUACUCUCGAUUUACGCGACGCUAAAUCAAAGGAUGUUCUGCUACGCCUUCUUCCAAACGCAGAUGUGCUAAUUGACCCUUUCCGGCCCGGUGUCCUUGAGCGACUCGGCCUGUCUCCAACGGAUGUUCUUUUAAAACACAACCCACGCCUAAUUGUCGCACGUAUGACUGGGUUCCGCCGCGAUGGAAAAUACAAAGACAUGGCCGGUCACGACAUCAACUAUAUCGCCGUAUCAGGCGUGUUAUCUAUGCUCGGACGCGCAGGCGAUAAGCCGUUCGCCCCGGGAAACAUUCUCGGGGACUUUGCCGGUGGCGGCGCCAUGUGUUUCAUUGGGAUCGUCCUCGCAUUGAUAGCUCGUACACAUACUGGUCGUGGGCAAGUGGUCGAAGCAAAUAUGGUGGACGGCUCGGCGUAUCUAGCUACUAUGCCACGACUUGGACGUCAGACUCCCGCUUGGGAUGGGCCGAGGGGAGAGAAUCUGUUGGACAGUGGGUGUCCAUAUUACGAUACGUAUGAAACAAAGGAUGCCGGGAAAUAUUUUGCUGUUGGGGCUUUGGAGCCGCAGUUCUACGCCGCUUUGUUAAAAGGGUUAGAGCUUGAUCCGAAGAAGAUCCCGGCCCGGGAAGAUCGUGAUAAUUGGCCUGCCCUGAGGGAACUGUUCACUCGUCGUUUCAAGGAGAAGAGGCGGGCAGAGUGGGAGGCUGUUUUUGAUGGGACCGAUGCUUGUGCGACGCCUGUUUUGGAGCAGGGCGAGCUCGAAGCGGCGGGAUAUGACCAACGGCCCGCUGUUCAUUUGUCUCAAACGCCUGCUCACCCGUUCAAGGCGGAUGAAGGCGGCUGGACUGGUGGAGGUCUUAUGCCUGGAGAUGGAGGCGAGGAUACCCUUCGGACAUGGGUGGGAUGGGAGGUGAACAAAGAUUUUUCGGUUCGGAAAGACGGCGCACUUGUCUCCCCGGAUGGCAGGGCGAAGUUGUGA